CUGGCGGCCGCCCCGCUGCCCGGCGGGGACGAGGCGCUCUGCGCCCUGGCCGGCAGCGACGGGCGCCUCCUCCUCUUCGUCCUGAGCAGCCCCGGGACCGCCGCCUCGCUCAGGCUGUUCGAGGGGGCCGUGCUCGGCCUGAGCUGGACCCCCCGCCCCGGCCUGCCCUCCGCCACCGCUGCCGCCCUCCUGGCCUCCGGUCCCGAAGGGGAGAUGCUCUGGCUGGACGUCGCGCACCGCCCCGGGCAGGCACCCUGCGUGCGACUCAUGGGACGGUACCUGCUGCCCCCCUGCAAGCAGCGCUGGCACACCUGCGCUGCCUUCCUGCCCCAGGGAGAGCUCCUGGUCUGCGGUGACCGCCGGGGCUCCCUCCUCCUCUUCUCUUGCAGCAGCUCCUCGAGGCGGGCUGCAGAAAGCACCGGCAUUGCUAAUGGUGUCACCGACUCAGUCAGUGAGGACUCUAGCAGCGAGUUGGAGCUGUCUUGCUUGUCACACAAAGGGGUCCUUCCUCUUGAGUCCCCGUUGUCCGUGCUCUUUGGGCUCCACGGGAAGACAGGGGUUACCUCGGUGACCUGCCACAAGGGCUACAUUUACAGCACUGGCCGUGAUGGUGUCUACCGCCAGCUCCACCUGCAGGACCAGCAGCUGGAGGUUCUGCGGAAGCACAGGCCCUGCAAAGGGCUGCAGUGGAUCGAGGAGCUGCGCUUCACCCCAGACGGGGACCUGCUCGUGCUGGGCUUUCACGCUGACAACUUUGUGGUGUGGAGCAGCAGGACUAGCGAGAACCUCCACUGCAUCCCCUGUGGGGGUGGGCACCGCUCCUGGAGCUACUGCAGCAGCCCCUGGGCUGAGGUCUUUGCCUUCAUCAGGUCUGGGGAUGUGAUGCUGUACUGCUGUGAGGCUGAGCCCUGCGAGCAGCAGGUGCUGCUGGCAUCCCUGCACGGGCGGGAGAUCACCUGUGUACGGCGUCUGGGGGCCAUGGAGUUGCCUGGCCAUGCUGCCCUUAACGUGCUGGUCACUGGCAGCGAGGACACCACAGCCUGUGUCCUGGCACUCAGUGAGCGCUCUCGGGCAGCCGUGCCCCUCGCUCGCCUCAGUGACCACAUUUCCAGUGUGAGGACACUGGCACUGGCCAGCCCCACGGGACCUGGAGACAAGGGCUUUGGUGAGAAGGGCUUGUCUGCCCUGCUCUUCUCUGCGGGUGGCCGGGCGCAGAUCGAGUGCUACCGGCUGCUGUGUGCUGGGGACCCAGAGAGUGCUGUGGAGAGCCUGGAGAGCGCUGUGGCCUGCCAGGUCAUCCAUGUGGCCUCCCACCGGCUGGAUGAGCACUGGGAGCGGAAGAAGAACAGGCACAAGCUUGUCAAGAUGGACCCGGAGACGAGGUACAUGUGCCUCUCUGUUGUACCUGGCACCAGCACCAAGCAGCUGCUGACACCCUGGAAGUUCCUGGCUGCUGCCUGCAGCGAUGGAUCAGUCCGGGUCUUUGGGCUGCUGGAGGCUGCUCGGAAUUUGGUGCUGGUGGCAGAGUCAUUUCACCACCAGCGCUGUGUGCUGAAGGUGGAGGCGUUUCUGCACACAGGGACAGGAGGGGAGAGGAGGCACCUCCUGUGCAGUGCAGCCACUGACGGCAGCAUCGCCUUCUGGGACAUCACCAACCCCAUCACAGACGCGACAGAUGCCCUGCACCGAGCAGAGGGGGAGAUGCAGCCCCUGGCCCUGGGUACCCCGCUGCUCACCGUCAUGGCCCACAGCUGCGGUGUGAACAGCCUCCACGUCAGCAAGGUGACAGAGGGACAGUACUUGGUGGCCAGCGGCAGUGAUGAUGGCUCCAUCCACAUCUGCCUGCUGGAGGUGGCCCUUGGCAGCAGCGAGGCCGCAGCAGGGACCUGCCUGCAGAUCCUGGAGCGGGUGUCCAGGCCCUGUGCCCAUGCUGCCCACGUCACGGGUAUCCGGGUGCUGCGGCCGGACCUGCUGCUCUCGGCCUCAGUGGAUCAGCGCCUGACACUGUGGCACCGGGGCCUGGGGGGGCUGGUCCCCCUCAGCACCACCUUCUUCCAUGUGCCUGACCUGGCUGAGCUGGACUGCUGGGAGGUGGCGGAGGCCGGGGGGGAGCUGCGGUACUACUGUGUGCUCUGUGGGCAGGGCCUGGAGAUGCUGUGCGGCACAGCCCCCUCCGAGCCCUCACAACUAGAGGCUCCCCAGGAAUGGGGCAGGUGUGCAACACAUCCCAGUCCCUGCCUGUCUUGGGAGGGCACUCUGCACUUGGGCUCUGCCCAUCACUGCAGUCCUUGCCCCCAGCCUGCACACUGAUGUGUCCCCUCCUGAAGGGAUGGGCAUGUUUGGCUCCUUCAGGGGCAGCACAGCUGCAUCUGGGGUGCUCAAGGCCAGUGGUCUCGGGGGAGAAGGCAGAUGUGACCCCUCUUGGAGGGGCCUGUGACUCCCCAGGAAAUAAAGAACUGGGGUUGUCAGCUCCCCCUGCCCGGGAGAACCUCCUCCCUAGGGUGUGAGGGACCCAUGUCCAGGCUUUCCAGCCCUGGUCUCAGAGAGGAACCUGCUGAGGAGUGUGCUUACAGCCCUGCCAAGCACUGGGAGCUUGAGGGCAGCAGGAGGCCAAGAAGGGUCAGGCACUGGUGAGCUGCAGCCUGGUGUGCCAGCCCUGACCCUGCAGUGCUGAGGAUGGUGCUGAAAUGCACAGGGACACUGAUCCUCUGCUGUAGCACCCUGUAGGGUGCCCACACAUGCCCCCCCACCUUCAGAGCAGCCUUUCAGCACUGUGUCAGGCCAAGUAGGUCGUUCCUGUGCAGCAGCAGGACCCAGGACAGUUGGAGCAAGGGAAGAACAAACAGCUCUGAGGUCAAACAAAUGCAGUGUUUGUCCAGCAACAAGUGUAUUGGACCCCAGUACUGGGGCUUGGGCCAGGUCCGGACAGGAGCCUGGAGCCUCAGGAGCUCCCUGCCAGCACGGAGCAACCUUCAAUAAACAGCUUUGAGGGAA